AUGAAUUGUCCAUCUAGGACCGACGACGUCGAAUUAGAACAUCCAACAUGGAACCAAAACCCGCCUUUCUUGGCGGCCGAUCUCACUACCUGCCAGGACCUUAAUGGGAUCGCCAACGCGAGAGAGCAUACAGGGGCCAACAAUGACGAGGUCGACUGCUUGUCUCCGGCUGUCAAAGCAACUCUCUUCGAAAAGCCUCCCGACGCUGUUGGCUCUCUGGUGUCCCGGGCGAGGGUCUCUGGACAUGCCUCGCUCUCCAAGACGGUUGCCAAUGGUGAUGGCAGCAACCGUCUUCCGACUGCCCCAGGAAAAUCUAGUCCUGCUACAUCCUCUCUCCGGAGCUGGACUACCUGGGGCCUUUCCGUCGCCAUCACCUCGUUCCUACUCUCCACUCUUGGUAGUACCUUUAGUGCGGGCGUCGGACAUUUUGCUCUUUUGACUAAUGCGUGUGGUAUUAAUGCAGCCAAGGCACCGGACUCGCGAAGCCCUGUGCCCUUGCGCAAAAGGUCGACCUGCCCGGGGAAUAACACGAAUGAGGACCUCUACAACACUCCACUUCACGUUGGGGCCGUCUUCAUCAUUUUGUUCGUCUCGACAAUGGCAUGCUCGUUUGCCCUGCUGGCAGCCCGCUUUCCCAAUUUUAAGCUUCCGCGGCGCUUCUUCUUCGUGAUUCGUCAUUUCGGCACCGGGGUUCUCAUUGCGACUGCGUUUGUCCAUCUUCUUCCUACUGCUUUUAUCUCGCUCGGAGAUCAGUGUCUCCCUGGCUUCUGGACCGAAGACUAUCCCGCCAUGCCAGGUGCUAUCGCCUUGGCGGGCAUCUUCCUGGUCAUUCUGGUGGAGAUGAUCUUUCACCCGUGCCGACAGAUUCGUCCCACGUCAGAGAGCAAUCUGACCGAUAGCCAUCCUGCAGCCACCAACGAAAUGGAUGAGACUAACACCACUAGCCCCUCACCAAAUCCGACAGGACCACUGCGAGACAUGGGUGUUUUGAUCGGGAGAACUUCAAGCAUUGGCCGCAGCCUCACUCGGGUCAAUGAUCAUCGCAACAUGGAUCACAUUUCAUCACCGGAGGUCCCUACAGAUAAGGAGCGGCAACUGCCCGUAUUGACCCAGCACGACACUGUUGUGUUAUCCAUGAGCACGCUGACUCCAGAUCAGAGGCUCCGGAAGGCCAGAUUACAGUGCGUUCUUUUAGAAGUCGGCAUUCUAUUCCACAGUGUUUUCAUCGGCAUGGCUCUUAGCGUCUCGAUCGGCAGUGAGUUCGUGAUCCUUCUGAUUGCCAUUGCCUUCCAUCAAACAUUCGAAGGCCUUGCUCUGGGAUCCCGCAUCGCCGGAAUCGACUGGCCGGAAGGCACGUGGCAGCCGUGGUUGAUGGCGCUUGCUUAUGGAUGCACGACUCCUAUUGGCCAAGCCAUUGGCCUUGCCACGCACUCCCUGUACAGUCCAAGUUCGGAGACCGGCCUUCUUGUUGUCGGCACUAUGAACGCCAUCUCAGCGGGCCUCUUAACAUUCGCGUCUCUGGUCGAACUGCUCUCCGAGGACUUUCUCAGCGACAACAGCUGGAACGACUUGCGAGGCAAGAACCGUGUCUUCGCCUCGCUGCUGGUCUUCUUCGGCGCCUUUGCCAUGAGUCUCGUUGGCGCGUGGGCGUAA